AAUAAACAAUAAAGACUCAUGUUAGUUUAUUUAAUGCACACCAAUAAUUUACACCUCAUGAUAAAUUCCACGUGUUAUACAAAGAUUCUGUGAAACCAAAAAAAAAGUCGAUAUUACGUGAACUUUUUAGACGCUGCAAAAAUCGACCCACGGCUCCUUCAUUGGCGUAUUUUCAUUUGCCUUUUUUCUCUCUCUUUCCUCCCAAAAUAUCACCCCAAAAAUAAAAAUAAAAAUUGCGGGGGAAUUUUGGGGUGUGAAUGUGUGAUAGACUGUUUGUUACUGCCAACAAUCCACUUCACUUUUCUUGUUCAUCUUCCUCCGAUUUUCUCUCUCCUCCAAAUCGUCUGAAUUCCCACUUUUUAUUUGGUGUUUUCAGAUUAAUCAUCUAAUCAGGCUUGUUAACGAAUAGGCAAGUAGACCAUGGCUACUGAUACAACAGACCCUAGUUAUUGGUUGAACUGGAGGUUUCUUAUUUGUGCUUUAUAUAUCUUGGGCAUCACGGUGUUUAAUACUUUUCUUAUAUGGAAAUAUGAAGGCAAAAAGAAAUUAGACAAUGAGAGGAGAGAACGAGGAAUUAUACCAGUCGGAGUUCUAUACAAGGAUGAAGUUUGGAAAACAUGUCUGAAAAGCAUUCAUCCUGCCUUUCUGCUUGCUUUUAGAUUAUUUGCUUUUGUUGUGCUGUUGGCAGUGAUCGUUAGCAACACUAUUGCUAAAGGACCUGGAAUCUUUUUCUACUAUACUCAAUGGACCUUUACGCUGACCACCACAUACUUUGGGUUUGCAUCUGCAUUCUCUCUUUAUGGAUGCUGGCGUGAUCGUGGUGAAGAUUGUCAGUCCAAGGCUGCUUCCCAGAAUAUUGAUGCAGAGCAAGGAUCUAAUGUUGCUCCAAAGCUCGAAGGUAGUGCGAACACAUCUUUGUUAAACAGCUUGAUUAUUCAAGAAGUUCAUGUUCACCACGUUGCAGGUUGUACGGGUUAUCUUCUCCAAAUCAUGUACCAGGUAGCUGCAGGUGCUGUGCUGCUCACUGAUGUUGUAUUUUGGCUCUUAAUUUACCCAUUUCUAACAGGCAAAGAUUAUAGGCUUGCUUUUUUUGAUGUUAGCUUGCAUUCUAUCAACGUUCUCAUUCUUGGGGACUCAAUUUUGAAUUGCAUGAAGUUCCCUAUGUUCCGGAUUGCCUAUUUUAUCUUGUGGACCGGAGUGUUUGUUGUUGUUCAAUGGAUAAUCCAUGCUUGUGUUUCCCUCAAGUGGCCUUAUCCAUUCAUGGACUUGUCACCUCCAUAUGCUCCGAUAUGGUAUGCCGCAGUGGGUUUGUUGCACAUCCCAUGCUUUGGAGCCUUUGCUCUGAUAGUCAAAUUAAAGCACCUAUGGCUUUCAAGAUCAUUUUCUGAGUCCUAUCAGGGUAUAAGGUGAUAAGGAUUCGCUCUGUCCAUUUCGUGCAAGAAUAUAUAUCACCCUGUAAAGAGUGAUUACACAGUUUUCCUCCAAUCGGCCUGUGCGCUUGAGAUGGAUAGUCUCGGAAUCUGAUUUCUCCAUCCUUGUCAGGUUUUCAUUAUUGAUUAUCAUUGAUUCAUAUUUACUCUCCCUGUAAAGCUGAUUUUUAUUCCCCCCCCCCCCUUAAAACUGGCUGCAAGUAUCAUUUUUUUUUUUUUUUUGAAGUAUUAAGACUAGUUGCAGCAAGUAGGUUUUUUUUUGUAGUAUCAAGACUAAUUGCAGCAAGAUUAAUUUAUUUUAACAUUCGCAAUGACUUGUAUUUCUUAUUUACGAGCACCUCAGAAGCGCCAUCUUUCAUAGCCACAUGACCUUUCUCAGGGCAUUUGAUUAGUCAAGUUAGUAUUGUGUUUUCAAGUGUCCAGAAAUUGACUAGCCGCAGCUGGUUGUUGAAGAAGUCUGCAAGUCUAAUAAGAGCUAUAUUACUCUAUUGUUAUUA